AUGGCUAUUUGCUUCGAUUGCUGGAAACUCAUAAAAAUCGAUGAUGUGAAUCCUAAAAAAUUAUUCCAUUUUACUAGACAGAGGUAUGUUGAUUAUCUCGAACCUAAAGACCUGAUGCAGGAACAUUGGGAUUACGAAUGCAAUAAACCAAAGACUAAUUUUGGAAAAGCAAGAAUUAUACAAAUAGCUUAUCGAAAUUAUAAGAAUAGACCCGAAUCAUUAGCAACUCAAGCUUGGAAUGCCAUGAGAAAUGAUG